CAGACGCCCCGGCAGCCACGGCGACGGGGCUGUGCCGGCGCCCGCUCGGACCGCCCCGCCCCGCCCCGCGCCUCUGCCGGCCCGGUUGCUGUCAGCUACCUCAGUGUCCGGCGGAGACGUGGUGUAUGCUGAGCCGCUGCGGCAUCCGGCUGCUGGACGUCCUGGUCCUUAGCUUCCCGCUGCUGACCCGCCGGCUGCUUUUCCCCUGCCCUCACCGCCUCAUGAAGCCGCUGGUCGUGUUCGUCCUCGGCGGUCCUGGCGCCGGCAAGGGGACCCAGUGCGCCCGCAUCGUCGAGAAAUAUGGCUACACACACCUUUCUGCAGGAGAACUUCUUCGUGAUGAAAGGAAGAACCCAGAUUCAGAAUAUGGUGAACUCAUUGAAAAGUACAUUAAAGAUGGAAAGAUUGUUCCAGUUGAGAUAACCAUCAGUUUGUUAAAGAGGGAAAUGGAUCAGACAAUGGCUGCCAAUGCUCAGAAGAAUAAAUUCUUGAUUGAUGGAUUUCCAAGAAAUCAAGACAACCUUCAAGGUUGGAACAAGACCAUGGAUGGGAAGGCAGAUGUAUCUUUCGUUCUGUUUUUUGAUUGUAAUAAUGAGAUCUGUAUUGAACGAUGUCUUGAGAGGGGAAAGAGCAGUGGUAGGAGUGAUGACAACAGAGAGAGCUUGGAAAAGAGAAUUCAAACCUAUCUUCAGUCAACAAGGCCAAUUAUUGACUUAUAUGAAGAAAUGGGGAAAGUCAAGAAAAUAGAUGCUUCUAAAUCGGUUGAUGAAGUUUUUGAUGAAGUUGUGAAGAUUUUUGACAAAGAAGGCUAACUAUAAACUUGAAAGCAUCCUUGAAAUCAUGCUUGAAUAUUGCUUUGAUAUAGCUGCUAUCACAAUCCCCUUUUAAGGCAAUUUUAAUCUUUCAUAAUUACAUCACAAUUAAUGGUUAGAAAGUAAGACAAAUUAAAUUUUUAUCUUUUUUUUGGUUAUAGGAGUAGUCAAUGAAUUUGGGUCUUAACUUCAUCUUAGCUGUGGUGCUCACAAAACAAAGAAGGGAAUUAGCUAGUUAUUUGUUUUUAUUAAAAAAGAAUAUCCCUUUUAUUGUUUGUGCCUUCUGUGAGCAAAACUUUUUAGUAUAUGUGUAUAUCCCUUUAAUUAUUACAACAUGUCAGGAUUAGGGAUUCCUUACUUCCUCUUUUUCUUGCAGGUUUUAAAUUUCCAACCUGUUAAGUGAAUUUGUGGACCAAAUUCCAAAGGAACUUUUUGUGUAGUCAGUUCUUGCACAAUGUGUUUGGUAAACAAACUCAUACAAUGAAGUCCUAGAAGUGUUUUCAUACUUAUCAAAUAACUGACCAUUUCCUAUAGAAAGGUAAGAAAACUUAGGCUCCCUUUUACUACAACUUGUACAAAGUUGUGUGGCAGGGCAUAGUCUUUGCUUCCAGGGAUUGGGAUGGGGAUAAUGGGGGUUCAGAGCCUGGCAGAAUUGUCAGCUUUAUUCUGACAUAAAUCUGAGGUUAAGGGGCAAAGAUCACAUCUAAUGACAUGUGUUUCUUAUGCUCUAUUAUAUAGUGUUAUUAAUAAUUAAACUGAUCUUAACAAAAUUCCUAGUAGUGGAACCUUGAAAUGCAUGUACUAGGUUUCUGGUAAAAUGGGGUUGAUUUUGUUUGUUUUCUAGGCUAAAUAUAAGGUUAGUGUAAAGUAGAAGAAAUGUAAUGGUUAAAUUUCCCAUUUGUAUUUUAUUUUCUUGAAUACUGUUUUUUCAUAGUUAUUUGUUUAAGAUUUAAAAAUCAUUGCACUUUGGUCAAAAAAAUAAUAAAUAUAUCUUAUAAAUGUUUGAUUCCCUUCCUGGCUACUUUUAUUCAGUAAAUCCUUUUUUUUUUUUUUUUAUUAAUUUGGCAUCAUGUUGAAGCAUGGAAAGGUACAGAAUAAAAAGAAAAGGCUAUAGAGUCCAAAAUAAUUUUUUCUUAAAUCUAUUCUUUCUUUAGAAAUCUCUGAGAAAUUUGUUUUUUCCUUUCUUACAUUUUUUUCUACCAUCACUAGUGCAAAAUGGUAUCCAAGGUUCUUAUUAUGAGAUUUAUUAAAAUGUUUCUCAUCUUCAUCGCUUAUUACCAUUGGAUAUACAGGGUUAAACCAGGCAAGGAAUUUUUAUUUCAUAUAAUUAGGUUUUAUAUUUAAAGUCAUUGGGAAUAGUGAGAACAAUUUAUGGAUAUCUUAUAUUGUAAUAGAUUCAUUUAUUUCUAUGUGUGUUACGAAAUUCACUUACUAAUGACGAAUUUUCAACAUACAGUACUUUCCACUAGAAAACAAAGUAUACAUAAAUACCGUAUCAUAUUAGCCACCAAAAUUUGUAUAGACAUUAUCUUGGUUUCUUGGCAGUGACUGUAAUGAAUUCUUAUCUAGUGAUUCAGUCCAGCCAAUACAGAGGGAUUUUACUGGGAAUUUAAUCAAACACCUGUAGUAUGAAGUAAGAGUAAAGACUUAAUAUUUUGAGUGCAUUACUACUCACAUAAGUGAAGAAAUCCAUCAGAUGGGGAUCUGAAUAUUUAUAUUGAUAUUGUGAAAGCAUCCUUAUUUUAAGGUUUUUAAGAAGACUGCUGAGAUUAGGCGCUUUGCUUCCUUUCAUUAAAUAGCUUUUAACAAAAUCAAGAAACAUAGUAAUUACUAAAUUAUGAAGCUUUGCUUUUUGUUUGCUUCAGUAGAAAAACAUGUUAGCAAUAUUGAGUUUGGGAGCUAAUUGAGCUACAUCUAACUUCACUAGAUUGGUCAUUCAAUUUGUUGAAGGUACAGUCACUAAGAAGUUUUUACUUUAUUGAAAGAUCCCAGUGGAAGCCUUGCUGUUUAUUUUCAUUCUGUGAUGUUGGAUAUAUAUGAAUUAUUUAGUAAAGAAUCCCAAUAAAUUUUGUGCU